UUCCAACACCACCACCACCACCACCAACGACAAACACAUUCACGAAUCAUGUCUGGCAAAGUCAGUGGCAAAUCCAAGUCCGGCAAGGCGGCUGGCAGCGGUGGCGACGGCAAGGCGCAAUCGCGUUCGUCCAAGGCUGGCCUUCAGUUCCCUGUUGGUCGUAUCCACCGUCUGCUGAAGAAGGGUAACUACGCCCAGCGUGUGGGUGCUGGUGCCCCAGUUUACCUCGCCGCCGUUUUGGAAUAUCUCGCCGCCGAGAUUCUCGAGCUCGCUGGAAAUGCCGCUCGUGAUAACAAGAAACAUCGUAUUGUCCCCCGUCAUCUUCAACUCGCUAUCCGUAACGACGAGGAACUGGGCAAGCUGCUUGGCAAUGUUGUCAUCUCUCAAGGAGGAGUUGUGCCACACAUCGAUGCCGCUCUUUUGCCUGACGCAUCCAAGAAGAAGGGUAAAGCAUCUCAGGAAGCCUGA